AUGUGGCUACACGCCCUCUGCGCCACGGCCGCCUCUGUGCUCUCUCUCUGCGACGGCAGCCGCAGCUUCAUCGACUUUCGAUCAGUGAACGGGAAACUCGAGGCGAACAACCAGUCGUUCUACAUCAAAGGCAUCAACUGGUUUGGCGCGGAGACGAUCGAGCGCGUGGUCCAAGGGUUGUGGCCCUCUGCCACGUCGAUUGGGGAUGCCAUGGACCUGUUGGCCAGCGCGGACAUGAACGCGCUGCGUCUGCCCUUGGCCAUGGACUCUGUGAUGAAGGACCCGGUGGUCGCCUCCUCGCAGACCGAUGGCACGCCGUCGCUGGCUGGCAAAACGUACUUGGAGGUGCUCGAUAGUAUCGUUCGAGCAGCUCGUGACCGCAAUAUCCUCAUUUUGCUUGACAGUCAUCGGGUCGAAGCAGCUGAAGCAGAUUUCCCUGAUGUUGCCGUGCCGACCGAUAUUGUACCAGCUCUGGAGAAGUUGGCGAUGAGAUAUUGUGACGACCCAGGGGCUUGGAACGUCUUUGGUAUUGACAUUAAGAACGAACCCAAGGGCAAAGCGUCGUGGGGAAAAGGCGAUCAAGACACGGACUGGAACGUGCACGCUGGUAAGAUUGGCAACGCAGUGCUGAAAGCAUGUCCCCGGCUUCUGAUAUUUGUGCAAGGGGUGCAGACGAAUGUGAAGGGCGUGAGUUUAGAGUGGGGACAAGCGGGAGGGUCGUUGCAAGGAGCAAAGGACUACCCCGUCAAGCUGAGUAACAUGGAGAGAUUAGUGUACAGUCCGCAUCUGAUUUCACCGGCGAUUGACUUCAAGGCGCCGUGGUGGAGCGACUCGAGCUUUCCCGACAACAUGCCGGACCUGUGGGAUGCGUAUUUUGGCUUUGUUCCCAAGGAAACUGGCCAGGCGGUUGUAGUUGGGUCCUGGGGAGCUCAACUGAAGGGCAAGGACAAGAAGUGGGCAAACGCCGUGUCGACUUACUUGGAGAAGAAGGCGAUUGGAUCCUUUUACUGGGCGUUCAAUCCCCAGUCGGCUGACAUAGGUGGGUUUGUGAAGGACGAUUGGGUCACGCCAAUCGAUGAACGCGUGGCUUUGCUCAAGCAGCUGCCGACGACGAGUCUCGACAAAAUGGUUGCUGCUUAUGCAAAAUGUAGCGGCACUUGCUCAGGCAAUGGCGACUGCGAAGGUGGAAAAUGCGUCUGUUUCGCCGGUUGGGGUGGCCCUCAGUGUGAGCUUUGCUCUGAGGGUGACACGAUCGCAUGCAACGACAUGGGAACGUGUCUGAGAAACAGUACGUGCGCAUGCAAUGACGAUGCAGACGGAAAGUACUGUGCUGGCGCCGAGUGCGAUGAGAUCGACUGUGGCAGCGGACCGAAUGCUGGCUGCUUUAAUGGCGUGUGCACUUGCAUCCACAACUGCGCCGGAACCAGCUGCGCCAUCUGUGCUGCAAACGAAUCUGCGCUGGCUACCGUUGCCAAUGGCGCGACGCUUCUUUGUGACGCGUGCGAUGCAGACGACAGUUCUGCUGCUGUGGCGAUCUCUGUCUCUACGCUUGGGGUAGCCAUGAUCUCGCUCUGCUUGGUUUUACUGUAUUGA